AUGAUCCCGAUUGAAGAUAUCUCAACGAUUUCAUCACCUACCCCUGGCUCUGCUCUAUCUUCCGAAGUCCCCAAUAAUGCCACUGGUUUGAUUUCUGCUGCGGUGGAUGAUGGGGUUGGACCGGCUGUCAGAAAGGUCACGUCGAAAGACGAUUUCAUCGUCAAAGUAGUCCCGGGUAACACUGCCUACGAUGAGUUCCAGGACUUGGUGGCUGCGGCUUGCGAUGUACACGUCCCUAAUACUGGUGAUAUCGUGGCCGAAAACAAACCGGACCUCAGCUGGAAUGUGACAAUUGGUCGAGUGAAGGGCUGGCUCAAAGGGGAUGCGAAAACUCUUACCGAUUCCAACUCGUACGAAGAAUGGAUUGCGGCAAUGGUGGCUUCCAAGAAGAAGGACCUUGCAAUUGGCUUGGCGCUCCGAAUGGCCAACCCUGCUGACAUAGUCAAACGCGGCAAGCAAGCGGAUAUCCUGGCAAAACGCGCUAAACUCAAGAAAGCUAUCGAGCUCAAGAGGACUGCAAAACGUAAGGCGGGUGAUAUCGGCGACGAGGAGUUGAGCGAUGAUGAAGACGAAGAGAUUGAUCCAGAGGACUGGAACAAUGUGGACUUCCACAUGCGUUCCCUGUUCGACUCCAAUCCAAUCAACCGAGAAUAUGAUGCGCAUUGCCCGGUUUUUCUACACCCUACGGUCCCGGGUAGGUUCAUCUUGUUGACGAUGGAGGCAUGCCAAGAAUGGGCAUUGGCAAUUAUGGACGAUAAACAGCCAGCAGUGAAUAUGUUGAACCCCCCAAGGAAGCUUGUAUGGGAAGAUCUAGGCUCUCCGAGGAAGAAGAACAAGUCGAUGCAAGUCUCCGAGCCGGCUGCAGAGGAUAAGGCCUCUUGGUGUCGCAUGAUGGUCGAGGCAUUUGUUGAGGUCGGUAAAUCCCAUGCGGCAAAAGAUACUGAUGCUCCGCCUGGCUUGGAUGGCUUAUCCUAUCACCCCGAGGCUGAUCCUCCUAUUGGAGAUUACUUGCGAUUCCUGAACGUUCGGAACCUCGACCGAGUCCUGGAAGUGCUCACCGCCAACGACAUACACACGCACAAGAUGUUUCGCGCGGGGUCAUCUCUGGGACGUCAAGAAGUACUAAGUCUAGGUCUGACAUUUGGUGUUGUAACAGCCUUGUAUGACAAUGUGUGCAAGUAUGAGCGAUUUCUCAUGAACAAUGCAUAG